UCCUUCAGUCUGUCCGUGCGCUGUUGUAUUCACCGUGAGCGCGCAUCUGCGCCCCUUUUUCUAUCCGCGUCCACACACUUUUCACAGGUGCGACGAAAGCACAGCGCUCGUACUGGGAAGCCGAAACAAACAAAUUAUCACUGAGGACUUUUUAGGACCACCUGCCAAAAUGUCUCGAAUCCCGGACGACGUGAACAAACUCACCGAGAGCACUUAUAAGAAUGUGGUGGAGCAGUUCAAUCCAGGGCUGCGAAAUCUAGUCAACCUGGGGAAGAGCUAUGAGAAAUCAGUGUCAGCGAUGACCAUGGCCGGAAAGGUAUAUUUUGACGCAGUCUCAAAGAUUGGGGAAAGUGCUGCAGAAUCACCGGUGUCCAGAGAGUUUGGUGUGGUUCUCAUGGAGAUUUCAGAAGUGCAUAAGAAGGUCCAACUGGAACUGGAGGAAUCUUUCAAGAAGUUCCACAGGGAGCUCAUCACCGAACUGGAAAAGAAAACAGAUAUGGACAUCAAGUACAUGAAUGCCACUUUCAAAAGAUACCAGUCAGAGCACAAAAUAAGACAAGACUGUUUGGACAAAUCACAAGCUGAACUGAAGAAAAUGCGCAGAAAAAGUCAAGGGAAGAAUUCUUCUAAAUAUCAAUUCAAAGAAAAUGAGUGUUUAGAGACCAUCACAUCCCGGCAGACAGACAUGCAGGCAUUUAUUGCAGAGGGAUGCAGGGAAGCCCUGUUGGAGGAGAAGAGGAGAUUCUGUUUUCUAGUGGAUAAACACUGUGCCUUCACUUAUGAGCUCACAGCAUUUCAUGACAAGGCCAAAGAGUUGCUGACUGUAAAACUUCCCAGCUGGCAGGAUAAGUGUACCGAUGCCACCCAAGUGCCCGACACAGUGAAUACCAUGAUUGACAGCCUUCAGACCCCACUGUCAGUCAUACCAGAGACCUCGCCGACGUCAGAGCACAGCAUCAGGAAAAAAUCUGUGAAUCCGCCUCCAGCCCCGUCACUCAAAGCCCAAACGAGCCCACUGGCCAACAUGUUCUAUCAGGACGCUCCCAGGAGCCCCAUCCCAUCUGAGCAGUACUCAGAUCAGGACAGUCUAGAUGAAAAUGGCAUGUCCAGAUCUACGUCUUUGUCUAGCGGGAUGGAUGUGGGAAAAAAGACUAGGGUACAAACUAUUUUCCCCCACACAGCAGGGAAUAAUGAGACUCUGCUGAGCUUUGAUGAUGGAGACAUCAUUACACUGCUGAUUCAAGAGGAGCGGGACGGAUGGCUGUAUGGAGAACUAGAACAUGCUGGACAACGGGGUUGGUUUCCUUCAUCCUAUUGUCGAACUUACAAUGAGCCAGAGAUCGGGAACAGAGAGGAGAGCUUGAUGCACAGUCAGACUGAUGGUCCAGAGUGCCGGGGGGAGCUGGAGGAGCCCGUGCUGCUGCCCCCGCCUGACUACAGUGACUCAUUUGGGGACAGACCCAUCAAGCCCUCCAUCCCCUCUCCAAAGAACACGCAGGUGCCAAACGGUCACUCCAUGCAUCCAUUGCUAGGUGGCGGGAAUCCAUUUUCCACGGUGAGACUACGACCCACGGUCACAAAUGACAGAUCGGCACCUAUUGUUUGAUGAGGUCCCCCACAAACCGAUGUACAUUUUGUGUCUGAGAGGUUUUCAUAUAUUAUUUAAUAUAAUGACACGGUGCAUAUAAGGAACCAAAUGAAAGGGUUCUGUUAUAGCACCAUUUUUAAUUCACAGAGUUUCUAAACGAACACCAGCACAUUUAAAUUCAUGUGUCAUUAUUUAUAGGAAUUUUAGACUUUGAUUAAAUUAUUGUUUUACAUUGUAACUGGAUUCAUACAUAGCGCUUAACAAGCUCUUUACCUCUACACAAUGUAGGCUAUACUUAGUUUCUGACCAUAUUGGUCCCCUGUCUACUAGGUUCUUGUUAAGGUCAACUGAAGUCAUGGAUGUAUGGCCUUAUAGCCCCUGUUUCGAAACACAAAAGAAAUCUUGUUUCAUUUCAAAUUCCACCGAAGUUGUGUGAGGUUUUAAGUUUCCCAGAUGCCAAAGUGUUUUGUUUGGCAUGUGGAUUGAUUGUACAAUAUCAUUGUUUUUAAAUUGAAAUCCUCACUGCACAUCUUCUACACAUUUAGAGGAGAACUGUUAAGUUUUUUAUUACUAACCUUGUAAAAUAUUAAUAAAACGUGUGAUAAAAACAGUCUUUGGAAAAAUGCACAAUGUUGGAUUUAAAUGGAGAUUAUCUGAUAAUCAUAUUUACCUUACUGAUAGAAGACAGAUACUUUUGUCAAUGCUGUUUCUUAACAUAUAAAGUAUGAUAAGGUUGUGUAUAUGUUAUGCCGUCGCUAGCAUCUUCUUGUAUCGGGGAAACUGUUCUUAUAGACCUUUUAAUUUUUGUGUUGAAAUAUUGAUUUAUUGACCCAUUCCCUUUUACACCACAUUCCUUUGAAAUAAAGAUAUACUAUAAGUGUA